AGUCUUUAUCCAUCUGGGCAUAAUGCUUAAAAUUAUCCAAAAGUACAAGGUUUGGUUUAAAAGUCAUUAAACACAUACUCUAUAUAACCUGCAAUAUCCCCCAAAAGGUUAAUACAUUGAAUGAUGCAGUGAAAAUAUUAGCGUCCAAAUAUUUUGGUACAUCACCUACAGCAAGUUAUACUAAGAGUGGUGUGUGGAAAGCAACUAUAGUAAUGAGUGUAGCCUGUAACCCAACACCAACCAAAGUUGAUCACUUGGGCAAACACAGCUGUGUCUGCUGGAUACCUGGGCAGAGAAGGUGUGUUCAGGUACAGUAAAUACAGGCUGGGCCUGAAGCGUUUUCCCCUCCCCAGAUACCUGUCCGGGGAGCGCUCAUUCAGACCCUGCUUUCACCCCCAUCAGCCAGGCUCUGACCCCUGCAUUUCAGGGCCUGUGGCUCUCAAACUUUUGGGGGGCUGCAGUUUGUGGGGAAUUUGAAAGUCAGCAGGGCGAGUUUUCCAGAUCAGAUCGAAAACAGAGUAGGAGAAAAGCCAAAUCUCCUGUGAACGGAAAAUCCCAGGUGAGCCCGAUGGAGCUGGGAGUCUGGGACACGCCCCACCUUGGAAACAGUGCGGGGGGCAGGGGCCCCCUGGGCAGGAUGGGGGGACACAGAUCACAAGGCGGAGAGGAUGGACAGACCAGGGAACCAGCUGCCUCCAGCCCGGCCCCACGCCCCGCUCCAGGGGAAGAAAGGAAACCGAAACUAACGGGAGAAGUGGCGGGGGGGGGGGGGAUUUUAAUUCAUGCUGGGGCAGAGACACAGCCAGAGAAGCAAGUUGUGCUGAGAGAACAGGAGACACUGGAAGUGCUGGGGGCCCAGGCCAUGGCUGGGCAGUGCUGAGCUGGUCGUCCGGACACUGAGUUGCGUUGACCCUCCCCCAGCCAGCUGUGCGUGGACACUGGAGGGCCAUGGCUCAGCCACUGACCAUCAGCUACAGCUGGGCUGUUAACUGGCUCCACUGGUUGCUCCUGGGCUGGGCCAGGAGGCAGCUGGGCCACCUGUUGCGAAAGUGUCUCAUGACGGCCUUGGCCGUGAUGCUGGUCUCCAUCGUCCUCUGCAACCUGGCUCCUGUGCUGCACCAGGAGACGCUGGGCCUCUCCCCUCCAAGCGCCGGGGACCCCACAGCUCUGAUGGUCCGUCCGCCGAACCUCCCCCAGGGUGUCCUCAGCCUCCUCCGGGACGCCCUGCUCCACAUUGCUGCCCUGCUGUCCUUCCGGGAGCCUCUGACUAUUGCCAACCUCCUGAGGCACCGGGACCGGCUGCAGGGCCUGGAUGAGGGGAGCUACGAGCUCCGGGCCUGUCUCGAGCGGGCCAUCGAGGAGUUCAGCAAGGAGCCGCCGGCGGUCCAGGCCAACGCCCGGCUGAGCGUCCAGUGUGCGGGGCGGGUGCUGGAGUUCCUCUCCGGCCAGGGGGACUGCGAGAUCUCGGUCUAUCUCCUCCACCACCGCGUCCGGUACAGCGCGGAGGUGCGGACGGCUGAGCUGUACCUGGCCAGGCUGGCCGUGCACCCGGAGCCGCUGAGCGUGGACGAGCUGCUGAGGGUGCGGCGCCGGCUCCAGGCCUGGGGGACGCUGACCGAGGAGCUCAGAGACUGCCUGGACUUCGCCGUGCAGAAAUUUGCAGAGGAGCCGCUCUGCGUCCAGGACGAUGCCAGGAUGGUGGUGGACUGCACUGGCAAGAAGAUUGGUGGCGACUGGACAUAGUGAAUGCCAGUGAAAAUGAGCUCUUGGGGUCAGCUAGGCUAAGCGCAGGAAGGCUCUAGGAUGCCAGAAAGUGCGGUCCAAAAGAAACUAGAAUCCAGUGCAACAGGAGAAAUCUACUAUUCGUCUCCGGGAAGGGUGAACGUGACCUACGGUGACAGGAAACGGGUCUACACCGUCAACAAGCCCACGGCAGAGGUUUACCUGGCGUGGCUCAGCACCCGCCCUGCACCUCUGAGCGUACCAAGCCUGGUGAAGGCUCACAACUAGUUGCAAUCCUUUGGGAUGAUGACGCAGGCGCUGAGGGGCUGCUUUCAAUAUGCUCUGGAAGCGUUUGAGGAGGCACCUAAGCAUGUUCGGGAGAAUGCGCUGAUGUUGCUCGACACCACCAGAAGCAGGACGAUGUUCAAGUCUGGGAAAGGGGAGAUUACAAUCAUCGUCUUCUCCAUGAACGGGGAAUUCAUGCAUGAUGUCAAAAUGCCCAAAACCAACUGCCCGCCGAGAAAGUGAGGAGGAAGAGAAAACAAAAUCAGAAUUUGCCAAGAGGCUUUGACCUUCAGAACGGGACUCAACUUUAGAGCAUCUUAGCUGGAUCCCAGGGUCGACAACUUUCUCCAUUUCAUCACCAUAUUUAGUGUUACACUCAAAGCCCCCGGCUCCCGGAGUCAAGUGAUUUCCUGAGAAUCUCAGCUUUCAUUUUUUUAAAAGAUGGGGGUUGUGUGGACAAGCCAGAAAAGUGACACCUAAAAUUGCAAAACUAGGCAGUAAAUAAAUAGGAUGAAACACGUGUUGUUCUUGUUUAAAAUCUCACCAUUUUUAAGCCAAUCUCAUGCUUUCGGGGUCCUGAUUCAUGAUUUUUGAUCAUUUGGGCUUGGCAAGACUGGGACUAAAGGAGAAACCAACACUUUUCCAAGGAUUCCUUCACAUCCUCCAGCUCCACGUGUAGAGAUGGUUGAAACUUUUUAAAGAGAGACUUUUUCUGUAAAAAAAUAACCUAUUUCUCCCCUCCAAAAAUAUUUUUUUUACAGAAUCCAAAAGAUUUUUCCCAAACGUUUUAUUUUUUCAGAAAUUGUCAAGAAAUAAUUGUAUGUGAAUUUAAAAACACACACACACACACACACACACACACUUUCUUUCAGUUUUUGUUUUCUAUUUGUUUUUGGUCACCAUUGUGUGAUGCAGUGCAGAAUGAAACUGUGACCUCUACAUCUAAAAUAGGACAGGACUAAAAUUCGAUCCAUUAUUCGGGUUGGUCCAAAACUUUCAUCAAAAUCUUUUUCCAAUAGGAAAUUAGAUUUUUGUCAAAAAGAAAGUUUAGAGAAAUGUCUGCUUUGCUCGAACAUUUUCAAUGUUUUUGUCAGCAAACUGAAAGUUUACCUAGUUUUGGAUCACACGUUUUUGGCAUUUUUUGGCUGGAUAUUUUUGGCCAUUAUCAGUUCAAAAAGUUUCAGAUGUUUUAAGCAAAAUAAACCCCAAACAACCCGCCCCACCCCCCAAAUAAUAAAGAACCCAGAUCUGCUAGUAAAGGAUCUUUACGUGGUCUGACCACCAGGGGAGGACAGAGAGCUAAACCUUAAUGUGUGCUACAACCAUCUCCUUUUUGUGUUCAAUCGUCUUUGUUUUCAGUUGUCAAACUGCGGGGGAGGGACAUGGGGGCGAGGCAGAAGGUUUUAUUUUGUUUCUUGAUCACCUUUGCCUGAAAACCAAAAAUGAAUUUUGAGAUUGACACAUUUUCAGUUUUUAAAGUGAGUUAAACAUGUUUCAACUAGGAAAAAGAGGUGUGUUAUUCAUUUAUGUCGAACUAACCCAAGUUAAGUAUCAAAGGGGUAGCCGUGUUAGUCUGAGUCUGUAAAAAGCAACAGAUGGUCUUGUGGCACCUUUAAGACUAACAGAAGUAUUGGAGCAUAAGCUUUCGUGGGUGAAUGCCCACUUCAUCAGACACAAGUAAUAGAAAUCUCCAGAGGCAGGUAUAAAUUAGUAUGGAGAUAAUGAGGUUAGUUCAGUCAGGGAGGGUGAGGUGCUCUGCUAGCAGUUGAGGUGUGAACACCAAGGGAGGAGAAACUGUUUCUGUAGUUGGAUAGCCAUUCACAGUCUUUGUUUAAUCCUGAGCUGAUGGUGUCAAAUUUGCAAAUGAACUGGAGCUCAGCAGUUUCUCUUUGGAGUCUGGUCCUGAAGUAUUUUUUGCUGUAAGAUGGCUACCUUUACAUCUGCUAUUGUGUGGCCAGGGAGGUUGACCCAAGUUAAUUAACCCCUGUUACGAGCCUUCACUACAGAAAAGUGUGUUUUUACACCCGGAUAACAAUCUCAAUGUAAAAUCCUAGUGAAGUCAAAGAACGAUAUUUUUUACCUUGCCGUAAUGAGUUUAGAUCAACCAACAUCCCCACCUAGUGGAUGGAGUUAGUGAUGCAUAGAAGGAUGGAGCUGGUUGGAUAGAUGGACGGAGUUGUGGCUGGUUGUUUUACUAAUUGAUCAGUGAGCAUAUUCUUCGAGGUUUGCUUUAAGAUUAUUUUAAUAUCCCACUUUAAUUAGUCAAAGACAGCUUUUAGGGUGGAGCAUAACAUGAAACAUGUGGGAUGCUGGAUGCUUAUUAAUGACUCGUGUUAAGGAAAUACAAUUAAGCCAUGUUAGCGCUGAUAAAAUCUUAGAGAAUUGCUUGCAGCUUUGACUAUAUGUACCCAUUUACCUAUUAUUUAAAUCCAUGUAAUGGCACGUUUACGUAUAUUUACCCCAAUUUAGCUUUGAAAUAGAUUAUCUGCUGAAUAUUGUAAAGCAGUGCUUGGUGUUUGCAGAGGGCUAAGAGGAAAUGACAAAUGUGUGGUUGAUUUUGAAAACAUUCUCUUAUCUAGCUGCCUAUGCAACUUCACCACGGUUUAUCUGGCUUUGAAACAGAGAUGUGUGCCGAUGAUGGCAGAAUUUUAACAAUGAAGUUGUCCUACAAAUGGGAUACCAGCUUUUUUCCCCAUCAGAUUAUUACUUUUUAGAAUUAUUCUGCACUUGUAACAACUGGCUUAAUAAAAACCACUAUAAUUCUCUACAGAUAAGAGCUUUUAUGACUUUCACUUCUUAAGCGUGUGGGGUGGGGA